GGGUUAGGGCGCUGCUCACCGGCGGGGGAUGUGUGCGGAGGAGUCCGGGUGGACGGGUCGGCGCCGGGAUAUCGGGCGUUCGCGGGAUGAUGUGUGUGAGGAAAGCUGACAGCGUCAUGUAUAGGCCGGAGCCGGCAGCACGCUGAUCUCCAGAGCCUGCUCCCCGGGGCCUCGCUGCUGUCUGCCGGGCUUCCUGCAAAGCUGACAACUGCUGGAGCGCCCAUGGAAGGGAAUAAGCAUGCAAGUGAUAAGAAGGAUAAACUAACCGAUCAGAUAAUGCAGAAUCCUCAGGUUCUCGCUGCUCUUCAGGAAAGACUUGACAGCGUCUCCCAGACACCAUCAAGCUAUAUUGAAACUUUACCAAAAGCAGUGAAGAGAAGAAUCAAUGCAUUAAAGCAACUUCAGGAGAAAUGUGCACACAUAGAAGCGAAAUUCUAUGAGGAGGUGCAUGAGCUGGAAAGAAAGUAUGCAGCCCUGUACCAGCCCCACUUUGAGAAGAGGAAUCUCAUUGUUUCAGGACAGGAGGAGCCAUCAGACGCAGAGUGUGAAUGGCACAGUGGUGGCGAAGAAGAAGACAAAGACAAAUUAUCAGAAGAUGUUAAAAGCAAAAUGACCAUAUCAGACGCACCAAAUACAGAAGACCCCAAAGGGAUCCCAGACUUCUGGCUCACAAUAUUUAGGAAUGUAGAUAUGAUUAAUAUAUCUUUACAGGAGUAUGACGAGCCAAUACUAAAGCACUUGCAGGAUGUAAAAGUGAAAUUCUCUGAACCAGGGCAGCCAAUGGCUUUCACAUUAGAGUUCCACUUCGAACCUAAUGAGCAUUUCACGAACACUAUUCUGACAAAAAUCUACAAGAUGAAGUCGGAGCCGGACUCUGCUGAUCCCUUUUCAUUUGAAGGCCCUGAAAUUGUCGAUUGUGAGGGGUGCACUAUCGACUGGAAAAAAGGAAAGAAUGUCACAAUUAAAACCAUAAAAAAGAAGCAGAAACACAAGGGACGCGGCACCGUAAGGACUAUAACCAAACAGGUUCCCAAUGAGUCCUUCUUCAACUUCUUCAGUCCUAUCAAAGUAUCGGGAGACGGAGAAGACUUGGAUGAAGAGAUGGAGAAUUCUUUAGCUGCUGACUUUGAACUCGGCCACUUUUUCCGGGAAAGAAUAGUUCCACGAGCUGUUCUGUAUUUCACCGGAGAAGCUAUUGAAGACGAGGACAGUUUUGAAGAAGGGGAGGAAGGAGAAGAGGAGGAAAUGGAAGGUGAAGAGGAAUGUGAGGAAGAAGAGGAUGAGCCAAAUGCUGUUAAAAAAGAAGCAGUUCAGCCUGCCGAGUGCAAACAGCAGUGACCGGAUGCAUCUCUAGAGAGAAACCUUUCCAAAUAUUCAGGAUUCUAUUGUGCUGCAGCAGAUUUUUACGUCAAGGCUUAACUUUUUUUUAUGCAUGAUUUUUACUUCCUUUUUCUCCUUUUGGUUUUUUCUUUCUCACCUUUUUAGCCGGAUGUCUACAGCUGUAUUCUUAGAACUCUUUGGUCUCAUUGGGGUCGGGUGGAGAAGAAGCACAGUUGAAGUCUACAUGCUGUGUUUAGUUUUUUGUUUUUUUUUUAGUUUUUUUUCUUUUCCAUUUUCCUUGGAAUACACAGCUACCUUAUUGACAAACAAAAUGUAAAAAAAUAAAUAAAAAAAAUUAAAUAGUGGGGGAUAAUUUAUCAUAGACCUGCUUUUUACAUUGGUCUAUGAUAUCCCCUGCGCUGCCGGAGAAUGCACUUAAUUUAUGAUGAGGAACAGGCCUCGUCCUAUAUUAGACGCAUCCUCCGGCAGUCCAUGUGUCUAAACAGAAAUCUGUGACCGCUCUGAGCUGCCAUAGGUUUCUGUCUUCGUUUAUGCCAGGAAACUGGCACAAAUGAAGAUAAAUGUGCAGGGCCUGUUGCCCAUUCCCCUUGUCACGCCCUCUUUUUCAGAAAGUGUCAAGGGCUGGGUAAAAAUGCUGCUUGCAACAAAUUUUGUCGCAGUGGUGUUUUGUGACUUUUUUUUUUUUAUUUUUAUGCCAGAUUAUUAGUGUGCACAGUCUUAUCGUUACCUGCACUGGUCUGCAGCCGUUGAGACAACAGCUCCUGUUGUGUGUCGGGGCAUGCUGGGAGUUGAAGUUUUCAGAAGGUUGUAGACCAUGGAGGCGUCUAGUGUUUACUCACAUCUAGUAACCUUCGCCUCAGGCCUCAUUGGCUGCUUGUCAAGUGACAAGUUGUCUAUUGGUUUGUGAUGGAAAAUCCCAUUCAGACUAGUUUCCUUUCUCAAUUUUCUUCACCAGUAAUGUGCAGUGAAAGCUCUAGUUCCCACAUGUGAAGAUUUGGACCCCUUAAUCCUUCCCUCCUUGGUAGGUGAAUAACCAACCUCUUCUAAUUUGCUUUACUGAAACUGAUAGUAAGUGCCUGUCAUUGGCAUACCAAGAGAGGGUCCUAAUGUCCUGAGCAAGGAGCAGGAUAUAGUAAAUUAAUAAAUCGGGUUGUCCAUCAUUUAGGGCUCAUGCACACGAGCAUGUGUGCCAAGUGCCCGUGCUGUGGACCGUAAAUUGCGGCACCGUCCAAAUGCACACAGUUUGCUGACCCAUUGACAUGAAGAGAUGGUCCGCACCACAAAAAAAUAGGACUUGUUCUAUUUUUUUGCGUUGCGGAGGCACAGACCGAAAUCCCACAGAAGCGCUCUGUAGAUUUCCAAUCCGUGCCUCCUCUCCGCACCACACUGUAUCUUGAGGAUUGCCAUCCCAUAAAAGUCAAUAGGUCUGCAUCCGUGAUAUGGCGUGCAGACAGCUGGUGCCCGUAUACAGGCACACACGCUCAUGUGCAUGAGCCAUUAUUCUGAUCUCUAAAAGGGUUGUGCACGACCCUGCAGCCAAAAUAGAAAACCACCAAUACCCUUGGAUAUGGCCUGUAUGGGAAUAAAGCUGCUCCAUCACUGCAGUAUUUAUUGAAGGCACUGUUCCUGUGCAGGACACCUUUAAGGUCAGACACAGACGAACGAGGUCAGUGCGAGAGAAACUCGCUGCGCUUGUCAGUGUGAUUUCCUGUUCUGACCUCCGCUCCUCUCACAGGAUGGCACAACAUUAUAAUGAUUUAUAACUCUGAGAGACCUGAAAUCUAAUAAAUUACACUGACAGCAUUAUGUCAGUGUGAUGCAAUAGAUUCCAGGACGUGUGGGGUCCCACAGCAGUUAUAAAUUAUAAUGUUGUGCAAUCCUCUGAAAGGAGCAGUUGUCAGAACAGGAAAUCUUGCACUGAACUCGCCCGUCUGCAUCUGGCCUAAAUCAAAGUGUGUGGUUUAUUUUGACCCCAAAACAGAAGCGUCCAUGUAAAUGGUGUCCCUAGUGAGGUGGGGUUGUACAAGGUGCACAGAGGAAAGACUGAAAAUGCCUGAACGUUGAAACCCUUAAGUUAAUAGAUAUUCUGCUUAUUUAAAUUGUACAGUGUAUUUAAAACUCAAUAAAAUGUGGAACGACUGAACCUGCCACAUGCAGAUAUUUAAUCGGUCACUGUUCACACGGAGGGGCAGUGUAGCGACAGAAUGUGUCAUCCUGUUGUCGUCUUGCACUCCUUUAUUACAUGGCAUCUUUCAUUGACCUGUGUCAGUGGGUGACGCUUCCGAACUGCAAGCUGCAGUAUAUUUAAAGGGGAGGCAGCUUCCUCUUAUCCUGGACAGCGCCUUUAAGACACAUUUAUACUCUUUACUGUGAGUGGAAGCUUAGGACAAAGGUCGUGUGCAGGGGACUGUGGCGCUUUGCCCUGAGCGGGCAAGACAAUGCAGCUGUUUUGCACACUUUAUACUUUAAGUGCCAUGGAAGUCAAUAGGAAAAUGAUGGCGUUCAUGGCAGUUUCCUAUUGACCCCCUAAGAGGAUUUUUAAUUUUCUGUUGAAUCCAGAAGCCGCAACUUUUUGCCGGCAACCUUCUUAACCUCUUCGUUUUGCAUAAGAUGGAGGGCGACUGUGACGAAAACGGUGAUACUUAUUGACCCUUUACAGACCUGUUUGAGGCCUAUAAAGGGUUAAGCAUGCAGGCACACAGCUCCCUGACUCCUUAGUGGUGCCAGUUCAACAGAACCAGGACUGGCAGGUCAUUCUUUGGGGGCAUGCCACGCUUCCGCCAUCUGUUCUGUGUGAUGAUUGGCUGUAGGUCACGGAGGAGCAUUGUAUUAAUGUACCGAUUUAGCGCUGGAGCCUUUAUCUGGACGGGGUUCCCAUUUAUCGUACGUUGGGCUCUCCUUCGUGUGGUUCAUGGUCCCUUUUAGUCGCCCACUGGGGGGAGGGGGGGUUGUUUGCGUCUUCUCCCGUCCCAGAUACACUGGUGUCCUGGUUUAGACUCUGCUGUGUUUCAUUACAUUUUUGCAGGCUUCAUUAUUUAUUGAUCCAUCACAGUUUCUUUGUGUUAGAAUUUCUCAAUUGUUUUUCAAGGACAUAUUAAUAAAGCGAAAAUGAGAAAUGAC